AUGCCAAGAGCGCACACUCGGCACUGGCAUCCAAAAUCCUCACGCAUCAACCUCGACUUCGCUAAAGCCCUUUCGACAACAUCACUGACGAGCCAUCGACAAGCCGCCAUCAUGUCUCUCGUCUCAGGAGAGAAGUCCAACUUCCAGUACAUCAUCCGUUUGUUGAAUACGAACGUCGAUGGAAAGCAAAAGGUCAUGUACGCCAUGACCAAGAUCAAGGGUGUCGGCCGCCGCUACUCCAACUUGGUCUGCAAGAAGGCCGAUGUCGAUCUGAGCAAGCGCGCCGGUGACCUCACCUCCGAAGAGCUUGAGCGCAUCGUCACCAUUCUCCAGAAGCCCCUCGAGUACAAGAUCCCCACCUGGUUCCUCAACAGGCAGCGCGACAUUGUCGAUGGCAAGAACUCUCAGAUCCUUGCCAACGGUGUCGACAGCAAGCUCCGUGAAGAUCUCGAGCGUCUCAAGAAGAUUCGUGCCCACCGUGGUCUCCGACACUACUGGGGUCUCCGCGUGCGUGGACAACACUCCAAGACCACCGGUCGCCGUGGUCGCACCGUUGGUGUGUCCAAGAAGAAGGGAUAAAUGUUUUCGCUUUUGCUGGGCAGCUGGGGCUUCUGUGGUGUGGGGCAUGACUUCUGCGGAGUUCUUCAAGGGCAUUCAUUGGCUUUUACGCUUAUGCUUCAUGGGGCUCUUUCCACGAUUUGGGACGACAUGAAGAGGUAUAGCAAAGGUUAGGUAACACAGCCUAUACCAAAAAAUCACAAUAUGAUCCAAUCUUCAAUUCUCUCCUUGAUGCCGAGCAGCAUGAUGAACGUGAUGUGCCCGACGGCCGGAAGAUUUGAUCAGGCUGUCCAUGGCCGACCACCGGUUUCCGUGUCACGGCAUUUCAUA